GCGGGGCCAGAGCGAUUAAAGUGGGCACGCGGGAGGGGAGGUCACGGAGGCUUCGCGGGAGCCAUGGCUGCUUUUCUGCAGCUGAGGGGCGACGCGAAGAUGCCCGUCGUGGGGCUGGGCACCUGGCAGGCUCCUCCAGGAAAGGUGGCAGAGGCAGUGAAGUUUGCUAUUGAUGUUGGAUACCGCCACUUCGACUGUGCUUACUUGUACAAGAAUGAGAGUGAGAUCGGGGAUGGGAUCCAGCAAAAAAUCAAGGAAGGAGCUGUGAAACGGGAAGACCUUUUUAUUGUCAGUAAGCUGUGGUGCACAUUUCAUGAGAGAUCUCUGGUCAAGGGAGCAUGCCAGAAAACCCUUGCUGACCUGAAACUGGAUUACCUGGACCUCUACCUUAUCCACUUUCCUAUGGGUUUCAAGGCUGGUGAGGAGAAUCAUCCAAAGGAUGACAAAGGUAUGGUUAUCCCCAGUAACACAGAUAUUCUGGACACAUGGGAGGCUAUGGAAGAGCUGGUGGAUGCAGGUCUGGUGAAAACCAUUGGGAUCUCCAACUUCAACCAUGAACAGAUUGAAAGAAUCUUGAACAAGCCUGGGUUAAAAUAUAAGCCUGUAAAUAACCAGAUUGAAUGUCAUCCAUAUCUCACCCAGGAAAAGCUGAUUAAGUAUUGUCAAUCCAAAGGAAUCGCUGUGACUGCAUACAGUCCCCUUGGCUCCCCUAGUAGACCAUGGGCCAAACCAGAGGACCCUACUCUUUUGGAAGAUCCCAAGAUUAAAGAGAUUGCAGUUAAACACAACAAAACUUCUUCUCAGGUUUUGAUCCGAUUUCACAUUCAGAGGAAUGUGGCUGUCAUUCCAAAGUCGGACAAACCACAUCGUAUUGAGGAGAACUUCAAGGUGUUUGACUUUGAACUGACUCAAGAGGAGAUGGAAUCAAUCCUCAGCUUCAACAGGAACUGGAGAGUUGUUACUGUGCUCCCGGCUGUCAAUCACAAGGACUACCCAUUCAAAGCAGAUUACUGAAGCUGGUAUUUCUUCCAUGUCUGGCUACUACAAAGUGAAAGACUCUCCUUUUCUGUAGCUCUUUUUUUCUUCUGCCUAUUGUGGUAUUUUUUAAACAAACUUAGAUACUUGACAGAAGAAAUGUUUUGUUUUUAGGGGCGGGUUGUUUUUUUUCAGGAGUGAGGAGGGGGAGCGGUGUUGAAAAUGCAGUUCAACAGAAUGCAUCCAAAGGGGCUAGAGGUUCCUAUUGCUGAGCUGGUUAGCAGGAAUAAUUUCUAAGCUAACACUAAAUAACAUCAUUUCUUUCUUUUUCAUUUCAUUUAUUUAUCUGUUUGUGUGGCCAAGUUGAAGCGGAACUGUAUAAUUAAGGUCACUAGUUAUUUGGAGGAGUAAAGGAGAGAGGUACCAACAUACACUGCCCAAGUGUCAAUAUACAUUGUAUUAACUUCAUAACUCUGGAUGCAGUUGUGAGUGCUCUAUCAAGUAAUUACAGUGUGAAUCUCUAAUGUAUCUGAGUCCUUAAACAAUUCAGAAUACAAGUAUUUGAAUAAUUACUGUACAGUUCAGUGCAUUAAACACAGUGCUUCAGUUGUUUUGUGGAGCCUGUUCUUGACUUGUUCUUUUGUAUACAUUCAAGCCAAAGUAAAUUUGUACUCAUGUUUC